AUGGAAACUUUUUGGACUUUGAUUGUUGCUCUUUUCAUCUCAGCCGCUGCAUUUCAGUCCGGUGUAGUACAUGCAACAUUCCCAAAAAGUGUGUAUUUCAACUGGGGUGCUCAGCAUUCUACUAUGAAUGGCGAAGAUCUUCAGCUCGUGCUGGAUACGACAUCAGGUUCUGGCAUUCAGACAAAGAGAUCAUUCCUAUUUGGAAGCAUCGAGAUGCUGAUCAAGUUGGUGCCAGGGAAUUCAGCUGGAACUGUCACAGCUUACUAUCUGUCCUCUCCCGGCGACAAGCAUGAUGAGAUUGACUUUGAGUUCUUAGGGAACUCAUCAGGACAGCCUUAUGUUGUCCACACUAACAUAUACACUCAAGGAGUUGGAAACAAAGAGCAGCAGUUCUACUUGUGGUUCGACCCAACAGCCGAUUAUCACAACUACACUAUACAUUGGAACCCAAGUGCAAUAGUGUGGUACAUCGAUAAUGUGCCAAUUCGCGUAUUUAGAAACUACAACAAUGAAGGAAUUGCUUACCCAAACCAACAAGGGAUGAGGGUUUACUCCAGUCUGUGGAACGCUGACAACUGGGCAACUCGAGGCGGCCUUGUGAAGAUUGAUUGGACUAGUGCACCUUUCAUAGCCAGAUUCCGUCACUUCAGAGCUAGAGCUUGCAAGUGGGAUGGAUCAUUUAGCACUGCGCAAUGCGCCUUUCCCUCCCCUGCCAACUGGUGGACCUCCCCUAUUCACAAGCAGUUGACUGCUGGUAAACAGGGUCAGAUGAAGUGGGCGAGAGAUAAUUACAUGAUCUAUGAUUACUGUAAAGAUGCAAAGCGAUUCAAUGGACAGAUGCCUCCUGAAUGUAGCAAGGCACAGUACUGAUGGAGAUCAUCAAUUGCAGCAGCCACCCACAAUUCCAAUUUUUCACCUGAGUGUCUUCAAUUUAUUAUAUACAGUCUUUAAAUCAAUUCAAUUAAAUUUCUUCCGUUCUUUCCCAAUUUGUUUUGACCUCCAUGGGAAUACACCUAUCUUCCUUCUUUCCCUUUUUUA